AUGUUCGACCAGUUCAAAUGUCUGGUUUUCGUGACCGGACUGAAGGCAUCCAAGCACGCUGAUAUUCGGACGAGAUUGCUCACCCGGAUGGAAAACGAGAGACCGGACGCACCAGUGACUCUUCAAACUCUCAUCGACGAGUUCCAGCAGCUCGUUAAUCUGAAAGCAGACACCAGCUUGAUUGAGCAUCCAGCCAGCUCGAAAGCAGCAGUACACGCCAUCAGUGAGAAGAAGAGACUAUCAGAAGUUCCCAAGCCCUCGUUUAAACCGGAAGCCAAAUCUCCAAAGACGCCGUGCUGGCAAUGCGGCCAGAUGCACUUCGUGAAGGAAUGCACAUACAGCAACCAUCUGUGCAAAUCUUGCAACCGUGUGGGACACAAGGAAGGGUACUGCGGAUGCUUCACCAAGACUUCAAACGCGCCUGCUGGGGAUAAUUCCAACCAAAAGGGUAAGAAGAACCAGAAGAAGACGACCAAGUACCAAGCCAACAUCGUUCACACUGUAAACCACACCGGUAAUCUCACCCGUUUCGUCACGACAAUGAUGAACGGACGUCAAGCCACACUGCAACUCGACAGUGGAUCACCAAUCACCAUUAUCAGUGAAGAGACCUGGAGGAAGGUUGGAUCACCUGCACUCAAGCCAUCGUUCUGUGAAGCACUUUCUGCAACCAAAGAUCCUCUGCCGCUGCUGGGGGAAUUCACCUGUCUCGUAGGAGUCAAUGACGUCAUCAAGCCUGGACUAUGCCGAGUAACGUCAGUCAAGGGACUCAACCUGUUCGGCUCGGAAUGGAUGGACCUCUUCGAGAUGUGGACGAAACCAUUGUCAUCGUUCAUUAAUCAAGUGAAUCAAUCCAAUUCAAAUUCCUUUUCUGGAAAGCAUUUCCUCAUGCGGUUUCCCGAAGUUUUUCAGGACACUCUUGGGCAUUGCCAGAAAGCUCAAAUCAGUCUUCACCUGAAGCCAGAUGCCAAACCGAUUUUUCGACCCAAACGCCCGGUUCCAUACAACGCCAUUCCCUUGGUCGAAACCGAGCUCAAUCGUCUGCAGCAGUUGGGCAUUAUCUCACCAGUAGAUUACUCCGACUGGGCAGCUCCUAUCGUGGCAGUUCAAAAGCCGGGUGGCAAGGUUCGAAUUUGUGCCGACUACUCAACUGGGCUGAACUCGAUGCUGGAGGCGCACAAUUUUCCGCUUCCCACACCGGACGACAUCUUCUCGAAGUUGGCUGGAAGCAAAGCGUUUAGCAUAAUCGAUCUGUCGGACGCUUACCUACAGGUUGAAGUCGACGAUGCAUCGAAGCGACUCCUCACCAUCAACACCCACCGGGGCCUAUUCAACUUCAACAGGCUGGCUCCUGGUGUAAAGUCAGCACCCGGUGCUUUCCAACAGCUUAUGCACACCAUGAUUGCUGGGAUUUCCGGUGUUGAGGUGUUCCUGGAUGACUUCAUCAUCUUCAGCAAAAACGAGGAGCAACACUAUCAGACGUUGUGCACCCUGUUCAGUUGCCUCCAAGAAUAUAGGUUCCAUCUGAAGCUGGAUACGAUUUGGUACGAUUUCGAUAUCGUGUUCGUAUCUACCAACAAUUUCGGCUAUGCGGAUGUACUAUCGAGGCUCAUCAGCAGCCACGAGCGACCAGAGGAAGAAUUUGUGGUGGCAAGUGUCAACAUCGAGCCCGAUCAGCAGUGCAUUCUGGACAGCACCAUCGAACACCAACCAGUCACAUCGAUAUGGUGCAGAAAGCUACGUCAGCAGACCCAAUGUUGCAGCGACUCAUCCAGUACAUCAACUUCGGCUGGCCCAAGAACGGAAAAUCGAUUCAGAAUGUAG